UAUAAGGUAAAUUCUUAUGAGCAUAAAUUCAGCCAUAAUUAUUUAUAUCAACUAUGUACGUAUAUUUUACUUAUGACUUAUGAAGUUUCAAAACGUUCAAUCAAAACAGAUUCACUGUCAAUUAAUGAGUGAAGAUAACUUUGUCAAAUCCUUAUGGUUUUCAAGAAAAACUUUAGUUUGACUACCUGAGAGUAGGGCAAUGACUUUACCAUCUGCUGUCCACGCUGCUUUUACCCCAGGAUGAUUCGAGACUGUUGUGUACAAUUCAAGGCGUUUCUUCGUCAAACUUUCUGUUAUCCCGAUGCCGGAUGCCUUUAGAUUACGCUUUCGGCUGAAUACUUCAGAUUUAGUAUUGUGACGACUAAAUUUUACAAUAAUAGGCUUUGGUCUUGAGUUAGCUAUUUGCGGAGACUUCCUUCUCAGUCUGUGAGAUCUAUCUAAGUCCGACACUUGAAUCUUCAUCCCAAGUUUGUCGUUGACUCUCUUAAUUAUUUCAGCAUCUGUAUUUUCGGUCACAUCUUUUGGUGGUUCUGGAACGCCAUGAAAAAUUAAGCAAUUCCCUCUCCCAUAUUGUUCCAAGUCGUCAUGGGCCAUUUGUAGAUUGUCGUACGAUUUCUUUAAUUGUGCGCAAUUAUAUUCCAUAUCAGUGAUUUUUGCUCGAAGGUCGGUAUUAUCAAACGAGAGACUUUCGUAAAGCUCUUGCUUUAUUUUAGUUCUUUGCUUUUCGUUUUGAGAAAUCUUAUCAGCUAUUUUAGCAAUACUUGCCAAUGUGCGAAAUGGUUAUAGAAAUAUGGUGCGCUGAAUAUCAAAGUUAAUUUCCUGCGAAUCCGGCCGCGGCCUAGCAAAAGUGAAAGCCUACAACACGACGUAUUCCCAGGCAGUCACCCAUCCAAGUACUAACUUCGCCCGACCAGGCUUAACUUCGGUGAUCAGACGAGAACCGGUGUUUUCCGGGUGGUAUGGUCGUAGACAUUAGUGCACCCUAAUACACUUGAUUUCAAGGUAGCAAUUUGCCAAUGUGCGAAAUGGUUAUAGAAAUAUGGUGCGCUGAAUAUCAAAGUUAAUUUCCUGCGAAUCCGGCCGCGGCCUAGCAAAAGUGAAAGCCUACAACACGAAGUAUUCCCAGGCGGUCACCCAUCCAAGUACUAACUUCGCCCGACCAGGCUUAACUUCGGUGAUCAGACGAGAACCGGUGUUUUCCGGGUGGUAUGGUCGUAGACAUUUGUGCACCCUAAUACACUCGAUUUCAAGGUCGUAAUUUGCCAAUAUGCGAAAUGGUUAUAGAAAUAUGGUGCGCUGAAUAUCAAAGUUAAUUUCCUGCGAAUCCGGCCGCGGCCUAGCAAAAGUGAAAGUCUACAACACGAAGUAUUCCCAGGCGGUCACCCAUCCAAGUACUAACUUCGCCCGACCAGGCUUAACUUCGAUGAUCAGACGAGAACCGAUGUUUUCCGGGUGGUAUGGUCGUAGACAUUAGUGCACCCUAAUACACUCGAUUUCAAGGUAGCAAUUUGCCAAUGUGCGAAAUGGUUAUAGAAAUAUGCUGCGCUGAAUAUCAAAGUUAAUUUCCAGCGAAUCCGGUGGCGGCCUAACAAUUCGCUGUGCUCGCUUGAAUACAAAUACGCUGUUUCUUAUCAUUGAUUCAUUGAUUGCUCAUGUAAAAUUGAAUGGUAAAUGGUAUUAAUAGGAAAUCACACUUAUUCUCGAAGUAUUAAUGAAAUAUCACAGUUGUGUUUGGCGAAAUAUUUAUAAUAUAUAUAAAUAUUUCGCCAAACACGCGUGCGAUUUUUCAUUAAUACUUCUCGAACCUUGUAAUUUCCUAUACAAAUUCACAGUGGACGGGGACAGUUCCGGUUAAACCGGGACUGUUGGAAUGUUUGUUAAUGUCAUAUAAACUAACACAACAACUAUACAGGUUCAUAUUGACGGUUGUACUCGUGAUGACUGAUGGGCAAAGCUUCAUAUUAUUUACAAUACCGUGUUGAAUUUGCACAGUCUUCAGUACAACUGAAAUACAAUAUGCAAAAAUAAUAGUGAAUAUUUUCAAACCAAUUUCAGGGCUUUGGCCACAAUAUAAAUACAUUGUACACAUUUCACUACAUCAGAUAAUAUCAAUGACAUGGCUUUCUGUUUGUUUGGUUUCAUCCUACAACUCAGCCACCCUGCAUGAAACCUCCAAACCGAAAUAGAUUGGCCAGAAUGUGCAUUCCAUUCACUCCACGCCAGAUAUAUCCGGUGUGAGGUUACAAAAUUGUUGGUGUAUUGGCGUGAGAUCACUCAAAAAUAAGUGAGAAGUGUAACUACAGCAAGUUUGUGCAUGAAUUGAUUUUAUAUAAUAACUACAGUGAAACACGCAAUUUGGUUGGUCAACAGCCGUGCAGGAUCAGACAAUCCUGCACUGGAAAUUCUGAACAGAAAUUCUUGCACAUAAUUUUACAAAUAUACUCGCAUUGUAAAGGUUUAUUGUACGAUACCUUUCGACUUUGAAGUAAGUUUCCAAUUACUGACACGUUGGUUUAGUUGUAAGAAUAAAUUUCUGAUCGAUACAUUCCUGUUCAAGCAAGUAGAAACGCGGUAGCGUUGAAAUUCAUCAGACCAUGGCAAGUACAACAUCUCUCGCUAGUCGCUUCAAAGUUCGCAAUCUUCACGCUUCGCAAUCUUCAAGUAUUCAGGUCGAGAAUCUUUUCAAAACUACUAGUCUAGGACCUGUAUAUGAGUUUGUAUGCAUUUCAUUUAGGACAGAUAAUCUCAACUAUUUUAGGGUAAGUUGACCAUGACGGUCAACAUUGGAACGCUGCCCGAACCCCAAUCCGGGGCGAAACGUCCCAAACUGACCACACCCAAAAACGACGCUUUCGCCAGACUGCUAUCUACCAAACCAUAAGAGCUUUGGCUAUUCUGAGGUGCUUAUAUGGUUCAGAGAUG